GCAUCACUGACAGUUCUCCUCCACCCACCACAACCAAAAUAUCACGCAGUGAAACCAAAACAGAAAGUUUUUUGCGUCAUGAAAUCGACGUAAUUUUCCCUGCUUUUCGCGUAAUGUUGUAAAAAUCAUGAAAAUCGUUCGAGUUUCGUCGUGUCACCGCCACCACAGUCACUAACGUCGAGUUUUUCCCGAAUUAAAGUCCCGAGCGAAGCAAAAAAAAAAAAAAAAAACCAAAGCGAUGAAGAAGCUGACGGGGACGUUCCGGACGUCCGUCUGGGACCCGUACCUGCUGGUGGCGCAGAUCGUCGCUAUGCAGGCGCUGCUGUACGCCAGCCUCGGCACCGUCAUGUUCGUGAUGGACCUGUUUGCCGAGGCGAACCACACGCUGGACCACAUCUUCGAGUACCACGAGAUCCACGUGACCGACCUGGGCGGCCGGCUGGUGAUCUUCGCGUUCGUGCUCAACUCGCUGGUCGGCUCGGGCGCGCUCUGGUUCGUCGUCCGCCGGACCAAGCUGUGUCUGGACUUUGCCGUGACCUUUCACGUCAUCCACCUGGUGGUGUGCUGGUGGUACAACAGCGCCUUCCCCGCGACCAUCAGCUGGUGGCUGCUGAACGCGGUCUGCACGGCCCUCAUGUGCGUCGGCGGCGAGUUCCUGUGCCUGAAGACGGAAAUGCGUGAAAUUCCGGUCGGCUAUUCGGCGCUCAACAACAAGGUGGACCUUUAGUAAGUGUGCGUGUGUGUGUGAUCGUUGAGAGUAGUUUGAAUCUUUUUGUUGUUGUAAUUUUCUUGGAUUUCUCCGUUUCGGAUGGAUGAAUGCGAAAGAUGUGAGAAUUGUCGUGACUGUGUAAAUAAAUAAAAUACUUCCCCUGAAAA